CGCCUAGCCGCCUAGCCGCCAACAGAAACGGCGGCGAGGCUGCGCACAGUUAGUUUGUAGCGGUGGCGCGAAACCUGGAGCCACGCGAGGGUCCACCAGUGUUGCGGAGGGCGCGGUGGCAGGAUGGACGACGCCGGCAGCAACAAGCAGCGGCAGGCCACGAGGGUCUUCAAGAAGAGCUCCCCGAAUGGCAAGAUAACAGUAUACUUAGGAAAGAGAGACUUCGUAGACCACAUCUCACAUGUAGACCCGAUUGACGGCGUGGUGCUAAUCGAUCCAGAAUAUGUUAAGGACAGAAAGGUGUUCGGACAUGUGCUGGCAGCUUUCAGGUACGGCCGGGAGGACUUGGACGUCCUCGGCCUUACCUUCAGGAAGGAUCUGUACCUUGCAGCGGAACAGAUAUACCCAGCGACGACCACGCUGAAACGACCGCUAACGCGGCUGCAAGAGCGCCUGGUCCGCAAGCUCGGCCCGGCCGCGCAUCCUUUCUACUUUGAACUGCCACCUCACUGUCCGGCGUCAGUGACGCUGCAGCCCGCGCCUGGAGACACCGGGAAACCAUGCGGAGUGGACUAUGAGCUGAAGGCGUUCGUGGCUGACUCGCAGGAUGACAAGCCGCAUAAAAGGAAUUCCGUUCGUCUAGCCAUAAGGAAGAUAAUGUACGCUCCGAGCAAGCAGGGCGAGCAGCCGUCGGUCGAAGUCUCUAAAGAAUUCAUGAUGAGUCCGAACAAAUUAUACUUAGAAGCGUCACUCGAUAAGGAGCUGUACCACCACGGCGAAAACAUAGCCGUCAACGUGCACAUAGCGAACAACUCCAACCGGUCGGUCAAGAGGAUCAAAGUGUCCGUGCGGCAGUUCGCGGACAUUUGCCUGUUUUCCACCGCGCAGUACAAGUGCACCGUCGCCGAGGCGGAGAGCGAGGAGGGCUGCCCCGUGGGCCCCGGCUUCACGCUGAGCAAGGUGUUCACGCUGACGCCGCUGCUCGCCAACAACAAGGACAAGUGGGGGCUCGCGCUCGACGGCCAGCUCAAGCACGAGGACACCAACCUGGCCUCCAGCACGCUAAUUGCAGAUCCGGCGCAAAGGGAGAACUUGGGAAUUAUAGUACAAUACAAGGUCAAGGUGAAAUUGUGUCUGGGACCACUAGGCGGCGACCUGAGCGCCGAGCUGCCGUUCAUCCUGAUGCACCCCAAGCCCGACGAGGAGCCGCCGCGCGCGCUGCCCGAGCCCGCGCCCAGCGCCGACCACGACCUCAUCCAGCUGGACCCGCAGCCCGAUGAGAACGGGCAAGAGCAGGACGACGAUAUAAUUUUCGAGGACUUCGCACGUCUCCGGCUCAAAGGUGCCGACGCCGACAACUGAGCGCCACACACCACACACACACAAGCACACAAACAAACGCGCACUAAGUAAAUGCAACGCACACUUGGACAACCUUCCCGUUGUUUGAAAAGAGUAUUUUAACAAGGGUAUAUACGUAACGUUACAUCGGAUUCGAUGUGAGUGGAAGUGGCCAAAAAUACAAAUAUUAUAUUUAUUUAUAGCGAAUUGGGGCAAUAGCUAUUAAAAACUAAACUAUUUGUCUUACUGUCCUUCUGCUUGUUCUUAGUCCUAAUUAUUUGUUUCUAAUCUAUUUCUGUUAAGUUAGUAUCAGCUACUUAUAUUUUUGGUUAUUUCUAUUGACCUCUGUUUUAGAGUAUACUCAUGGUUUUUCACGACGGGGAAAAUAUUUGUCGAUCUAUACGCGCUGUGUGAGUGAACGAAUUUCAAAUUGUUUAAAUAUUUAUGUGCGUCCUAGUUUGGUCUUUAAAUGUAUCAAUGUUGUUGACUGAUCCGGUAGUACGAAACUUGAGUAAUACCCGAUCUAAUCGAACGUUAGGCGGUCUUCACGUUAGAUAUACCCGGUGAGCGAGCGGGACAUCGCUAUAUACGUGAAUAGUGCUGUCUCGCUCACACAUAUGAGCGACUGUCCAAGAAUAUUCUCUAUCAAUGUACAGUGUAUAAUGUUUCGAGAGGAUUUGACUAUUCACAAUUCAAUUAAUGUAAUGGAGAUUUUAUAUUGUAUUCGAUGUAUAUUGUAUGUGAAAAUUUAUUUUAAUAGUUUUUUUAUUGAUCAAAUUAUGCGAGUACAAGUUUCUUUUUGUAAUACGAUCGGCCAUCGAUUUGUUUAAAUAGUACAAUAUGUUGGUAAUAUGCAUUUAAUAGAUUAAAAUAGUUUUUACCUCUAUGUAAUGUAAUUUAAUUUCUGAAGUAGCGCUCUAAGUAUAUAUUUCCCUAUUAUUGUUGGAGUUUUAAAUGCUACGAAAUAUACUGGGAUUAUAUAGCGCUGACGACGCAGGCGGCGCCGCGGGGUUUACUUGUGUUAAUUAUGCCUAUAGAACAAAGCAAUACAUACAAUACUAUCAAUAAUGGCAUAGGAUGUUAGGCCAAAAAACACCGGAUGCGCGUGCAAUAAGCUGCAGAGAUAACUGAACCCCCUAAAAACUUGUUUCAGGGGGGUCAGUUAUCUCUGCGGAUUACUGUACAUGUGCACAUCUACGCACACACAUCCGGUGUACACAGGCCUUAAAACACAAGUGAAAAUAUGGUUUAUAACCGCACGCAAAUAAUUCAUCCACUGAAUUGAUACUACUGAAUAUUUAUAAACCUUAUUUCAACUAAAUAAGGUCUACCAAUGGUCGAUGUGUGUUGCGUGCGCGGUUUGAUGUGGUGUCAUCUAUCGUGUGAAGUUUGAUAGCAUUUUAUCCAUUUCGGACGCUAACGAAGCUAAUUCGUUGAAGCAUGCAGAUAAAUAUCAACCAAGACAUUAAAAGUAAAGUUUAAUUUUGAAUUUUAUAACGCUGACAUGACAUAAAAAUCUAUGUACGAAACAAUAGGGACUUUCGACCAAAGGAUAGUUAUACCAUAUUUACACGAUUUAUAAGACCACUGGUUUCAUUAAUGCUUUGAUUGCCUGACGCGCGCGGCUACAGCCCAAAAGCAACCUUCGUGCAUUCUGACAAGGUUCAAUUUGCGCCGCGCACGAUAAGCGUAGCGUUCAAAGGCGCAACCUGUGCCAUUAUUCGGUACUCCCGGCGCCGCCAUGAUCGUCGCUAUAGUCACGUAGGUAGUCGGUGUUAUGUUAUACUGUAGUCGGGGGUAGGACGGUCGAGACCUGCUGUGGCCUUCGAGACAGAAUUUAUUCUCUAGCUGAAUUAUUAUCAUUAGACGUUAUUUGUUGGCUCUUUCUAUCACAGAUACUGAAAUCACGUUCGAUUACAAAAUCGAAAUACAAAAGCAACAUGAUUAUGUAAUUUUUGUUUAGUUUUCAAUGUGAGCUUGUUUCGAGAUUUCAUGCACUAUUGUCAAUACCAUCUUUACCAUAACAUACCGUGCCCCUAUCCUCAGGGGGCCCCGAAAGACAGAGACUAACAGUAUUUUUGAUCAUCCAUAAUAAACGGAAGAUCAAAGCAGAAAAAUGUUACUUCAAUUAGCUUUCCUUACUUUCCAAAAGGGCCCCAAAUUCUUAUGUGACCAAGGGCCCCAGCAUAGCUUAAGACGGCCCUGACUAUUAUAUUAUAAUAAAGCUCCGGUUUCCUAGGAUAGCGGUGCCAUCAUAUAGCUGUUGAAUGACGUCACUAGAACGUUGUGUAUGUAAAUGGCGAAGUUCCCUAAAGGACGGUGAUUGAAGGAACAUUAUUUUUGCGUCCGUAAUAUUACGGCCGCUAUACGACGGCACCGCUAUCCUAGGACACUAGAGCUUAACGCCUUCAGUUUUUGGUUUGGAAUAAUAAUACAAUAGUGAACAGAAUCUCGAAACUAGCUCACUUUGAAAACUUAGAUGAUUCAAUAAGACAGUCAUUUUAGUAUUUGAGAUAUCAGACGAAGUUUAUGAUUCCGGUCAUCUUACAUAUCCUUAUCGUUUUGUGCGUGAUGUGUUCAAAUUUCAAAGCACAAAAUGGUUUUUCGUAAUAGGCUUUUUUAUGUGAUGAAGGUAUUUAGAUUUAGCCUAUGAAAAUAUUGAGCACUUCUGUAGGUAUACUUGAAGAAGGCCAUGCGCUGGAAACCACAAUAAGUCCUCUAUGGACAUUUAAAUGUUAGUACAAUUUUAACUUUUUCUCUUUUGUGCGUAAUUCCAGUCAUUCUUCCUUUUGCCUGUUUCAAAAUUGUGAGACCGAGAAAGAAUUGAGAACUCCUGUUCGAUAUAAAUAAGUGUCAAAUUUGUAUAAAACACAGCUCAGGUCAAUUUUAUCCAAAAUUCUAUUUUGUCACCUUGUUAAGUCGUCCACAAUGCCAUGUCGAUGUCGUCAGGAUGCAAUUCCUAAAUUUUUCCGCCUUGCUAACUCGUCCACAUAUUUAUAUCGUCAAUUAUUUCGUCCAUAUUCUAUAUAUGGUCCACAUGAUAUAGGCAUGAUGACGAGUUAGCACCAUGGACUAUAAAUUAUAGGAAUGUGGACGAGUUAAGAAGGUGACCAGAUAGGAAUGUCGACGAAUCAGGACAGUGGACCAUAUGGCAAUGAAGACAACUUAAGAAGUUGACGAAAUAGAACUGUGAACCCUGUCGCCCUGAUCCAAACACUGUGCUCAAUAUUAUCAUUGGUCAACUGUAAGUACAUUUAAUUGGAUAAAUCCUAAUCCGAAACUGUAAAAAUGUUUAUCGAAUCCGUCAGUGUAUGUUCGGCGCGACGAAAGGCCAGUACACAUUCUUAUGAUAAAUAUCUGUUCGGUGUACAUUUGUUCUGUACAAAUAGUUGUGUAAUUUACGUGGCAUGUUUACUUGUGUACCUACUAAGCUUUAUAAUGCACAAUUUUUGAAGAUGUAUCUUUUGGAUUUUAUGGAUUGACAAGUUAAAAUAUUCUUUGAUGGUUUGUACAUACUAGAUGGGGUUUAAAUUGAGAAAGAUACAGCGAUGGUAUAGCGUAAUGCCAAACCAUGCACAAAGGAGCUUGCACUAAAUUUUUAUAACUACGAUGAUCUAAUUUUAUAAAGGGUUACUAAAUUACUCCGUGGUUACACCUAAAAGGGUUCUAUACCAAACAAAUAUUUGCGUAUAGAAUAGAAAUUCAAAGUAGUAACCCUAUAGGACAAAGAUGAUAUGAUGUGAUGACCUUAUUUUAUGAAUAUCAAUGCAUUAUUAUUACUCUGAAUGGUUAAUGUUUCUGUUGCUAUACAGUUGUAUUAUUUAUGUAUUCUAAUGUAAGUAUUAAUUUGUAUACGUAAACGGUUAAUUUGAAAGAGAAUUUACAGCCAACAGGUAAUUUGAUUGAGGCCUAUUUGGCAGAAAUAAGUACAGGUACCUAGCCAAUCGGUGUUUAUGAUUAUAAUAAAAGAUAUAAUACAUUAGUUGUGACUGUGUCUAUCUCAACAUACUAAAUAGAGAAUGUAGCAAAUCUUCUCGUUUUUAAAUUGAAAUAAAAUAUUAAGACAGGAACAAAAGAUGGGUGCUUCAAAUCUUUUCGUUGAUUUCACUUGGUGUAAACUGAUUAUAUAUAACACGAGAGAAUAUUAGCUCAUUGUAGAUAGAUUAAUAUAAAUAUUACAUAUGUAUAGUAAAAGAGCAAAGCCACAUUCUCUGUUUUUGUCAAGCUUUAAAAUAUUGUUAGAGAGCCUCCCCACUAGCGUCUCCCGAGCGUCGGCGUCGAGUCAACUGUCUUAAGUCUAGUAUGGCUACUGCUCGACACAACGUUAGCCCAACUGCGCAGCGACGCAUUUUCCAUAGCGCUGACUAGACCCCGACGCUCAAAUAACGAUAAGUGUGGGGUCUGUCUUAAUGUCUGUACGUUAGUUCAGACUUUGAACAAAUAGUUUUCUUUCUUCACGCCUUUCUAGUUCAAUAUAUCUACCACUUGGCUGUAAAUUGAACUCAGUACCAUAAAUCAUAGUAUUAUUUCUACUACAAAAUGUGAUGUGAAAUCGUUCUUCGGGAGUCAAUGGAAAUCAAAUUCUGUCAAGUGAUUUGAUUUUUUCAUGCUCUUAAGUCACACGAAAUCCUUUGCAAAAACAUGAAUAGUAAAAUGCACCACCUACACAUUAUUUUUUAAUUUUACAUCGAAAACUUUUUGAUGUAUACUUUUUUCAAUAAAUAUUUAACCAAUAACA